UUGAUAAUUAUUGCGGCUCAUUAAGAUAUAGAUUAUUACUACGAUCGAAAAGGGAAAACAAAAUUGUUAAAGAACCCCUCCAAGAGUUAAUUUACCAAACAUGAACCCAGCAAAGAGGAACUAAGUGUGCUUGAAAUCGGUUAUCGUUACACUAAUUCAUAAUUGACUUUUCACCAUGAUCCACUUAACGUAAUCCAUGAUACCCCAGAGUGGCGAUUGCUUAUCAAUUGACAUCCCUCCAACGAAUGUAGGUUGCCCAUAUAUAAGCAGUUUAAGUUCAUUUGAUAGUUAGUACUGUGUCCGAUUCCUAACAUCUGCAUUAGUGAGUCGAAAAUCGGCAUUUCGUCGCCAUGAAAUAUUUCGGAGCGAUCGUCCUUGUUAUCGCCCUUUUGGUGAUAAAGGACGUUAAAACUGAGUCAGCAUGUGGAUAUGCGGCAUGUAAUACUGGGAAAGCCAAUAUGAUCAAUAUCCAUUUGGUUCCCCACUCCCACGACGAUGUAGGAUGGCUAAAGACAGUCGAUCAGUAUUUCUAUGGUCUUAAGAAUAAUGUCCAGCACGCUGGUGUCCAAUACAUUUUGGACACUGUAGUUUCUGAGCUCAUCAAGGAUUCGAGUCGCCGUUUCAUCCAGGUAGAGACUUCGUUCUUUGCCAAGUGGUGGGUCGAACAGCCGGAGACGACUAAGCAGAUCGUAACUAAGCUUGUGAACGAAGGACGCCUGGAGUUCACUGGAGGCUCAUGGAGCAUGAAUGAUGAAGCGGCUGUCAACUAUCAAAGUGUUAUUGAUCAGUAUUCCCUGGGACUGAAGUACUUGGAAAACACCUUUGGAGCUUGUGCCCGUCCACGCGUCGGAUGGCAAAUUGAUCCUUUUGGACACUCUCGCGAACAGGCUUCUCUCUAUGCCCAGAUGGGUUAUGAUGGCGAGUUCUUCUCUCGUAUGGAUCACAAUGAUAAGGACGCUCGCUUGGAGAACUUGUCGAUGGAAAUGGUUUGGGAUGCUAGUGAAUCUCUUAGUGAAGCGAAACUGUUUACCGGCAUGCUCUACACCUUUUAUUAUGACAUUCCCGGUUUCUGCUUUGACGUUCACUGUGGAGAUGAUCCAAUUAUUGAUACCAACAGUUAUGACAACAAUGUGAAGUCAAGAAUAGAUGAUUUCAUCACAUACGCAAAAAAAGUUGCAGCACACUUCCGUACAAAUCAUAUAAUGAUUCCAUUUGGAGGAGAUUUUCAAUAUGAGGAUGCAGGACACAAUUUCAAGAACAUGGACAAACUUAUUAAGUACCUUAACGCCCGUCAAGCAGAGGGUUCCAACUUUAAUGUCUUUUACUCCACUCCAUCUUGUUACUUGAACUCUCUCCAUGAGAGUCUUCAAACAUGGCCAAACAAGACUCAGGACUUCUUCCCUUAUGGCAGUGACACAAACAGUUUCUGGACUGGUUACUUCACCUCUCGUCCUACUCAAAAACGAUUCGAGCGCGAUGGAAACCACAUGCUCCAGGUCGCCAAGCAGUUGUCUACAUUCGCCAAUCUCACCAGCGAUAAGCAGAACGAAGAUUUAGAGUACCUGCGUCGCAUUAUGGGUGUGAUGCAACAUCACGAUGCCAUCACAGGAACUGAGAAGCAGCACGUUUCCGAUGACUACGAUCGUCUGUUGCACGAUGCCAUUGUUGGCGCCCAAAACAACGCCAUUGAUGGUUUGCGCAAACUUACCAAUUUACCAACUGGAGAGUUUGAAAGUUGCAUGCAGCUGAACAUCAGUGUGUGCGCCUUUACCAAGGACAGUGCAGAUAAUGUUGUCGUCACUUUAUUCAACCCAUUGGCUCACACGUCUACUGAAUAUGUCCGCAUUCCUGUGAAAGAGGAGAGCUAUCAGGUUACUGACGAGAAAGGCCGCGUUGUAGCUUCUGAAGUGCUUCCCGUCGCUUGGCAGGUUUUGGCCUUGGAAUACCGUUCUAAUGACACUCAACACGAGUUGGUAUUUAAGGCAUCUGUGGAUAAGAUUGCGAGUUACUUUAUAAAGAAGGUUGACAGCGGAGAUAGUGCAGUUAAGGCUCUUCCUAAAAAAUCGAAGGCAGCAUUCACCAGCAAUAAAGAUAUCGCAUCCAACCAAGUCAACCUGGUGGAGACCUAUGACGACAAUGACUCUGGAGAAACAGUCGUUGAGAACUCGCUUAUAAAACUGGUGAUUGAUAAUAAGACAGGCCGCUUGAAGACUGUCUCCAUGAACGGCGUUUCUGAAAGUAUUGAGCAGAAGUUCGCUGUGUACAAAACACAGGAUUCAGGUGCAUAUGUAUUCCGCCAGAAUGGCGAUAUUGAACAAGUGGAGGAUGAUGUGGAGUUCACCGUGUACGAGGGUGAUUUGGUCAAGGAAGUCCAUCAGCAAGUGAACGAGUGGAUCUCACAGGUUAUUCGAAUUUAUGAGGGUGUUAAUCGCGUCGAGUUUGAAUGGCUCAUUGGGCCAAUUCCGACAGAUGAUGAUACAGCUAGGGAAAUUGUUACACUCUUCAAGAGUGGAAUAUCGUCCAAUGGCGUGUUCUACACUGAUGCCAAUGGCCGUGAAAUGAUUAAACGUGAAAAGGACAAGCGCGAAUCAUUCGAAGCCGACUUGAAUCAGCAACCCAUCAGCGGUAACUAUUACCCUGUGACUUCUCGCAUUGCCCUUCAGGAUGGAAACAAACGUUUGGCCAUUCUCACCGAUCGUGCUCAGGGUGGUAGUAGUAUUAACAAUGGAGAGUUAGAGCUUAUGCUGCAUCGUCGUCUCAUUCGUGAUGAUGGCUAUGGUGUUGAUGAAACUUUGAGCGAGGAGAAGUUUGGCACUCCACUGAUUGCCCGUGGCAAAGUGUUCCUCAUCCUUAAUGUCGCCGACGCAAAGGCCACAGCUGCGGAGCGAGUGGAGGAGAAGCAAAUUCACCUGCCCUACUGGAAGUUCUUUAGCAAGAGUAGCUCGGUUAGCAGUAGCGCUGUUCCACUGGAAACACCUGAUUUCAAUGACUUCCCCAAUUCCGUCCAUCUGUUGACCUUGGAGCCCUUCUCAGACGAUGAGAUUUUGUUCCGCGUGGAGAACUUCAUGGAUCACAAUGAGGGCAAGGUUGUGAGCUUCAACAUUCGUUCUAUCUUUGAUACAUUGGGCGGCCUGGAGAUCCGAGAAACUACUCUCGAUGGUAACUUGCCUUUGAGCGAAAUGAAGAGAUUCAAGUUCCAUCAAGAUGGUGCUGGUGUUAGUCCUUCCACCCCGGAGUACUACACUGCCUCGCACAAGCCACUGGCAGUGGAAAAGUCACAAGAUGUUGAUGAUUUCAGUGUUACCUUGAAACCCAUGCAAAUCCGCACUUUCAUCAUUAAAAGAAAAUAGGAAUUCUGCUUUUCUUGGGUGAAAAUCUUAAUUAUUUAUCUUUAGUUAAACGCCGAACAAUAAAUACCCAGUUAUUUGCAAAAGCAUUUGACACCACACAUUCAAAUAAAGAAAAUAUAUAAAAAA